UCAAAGUGGCAAUCCUUUAACCUACACAAACACAGGCAGGAGGAUUCUGAAGUUGUGCUUUAAAUUAAGUGAAAGGGAAAGAAAAAACGUACACAAAUUACGGGGACGGGCGUAAGCUCGCCUAAAUUCCGAAAUUAGAAGCAAGUUUCGGCGCAAAAAACCCCUAAUUUGCGGCGCCAGGUAUCGCGGCAAAUCCAGGUAUAUUUGUUUAUAGGCUAUGAUCGGCCUGGUCGGCCGGGGACGGAAAUGAAUCUAUUGCCUUCACCGUAGUGUAUAGAGAAUAGUCUUCUAUAGGUCUUAACCGAAUGGAAACCAUAGCUGAAAACCAUAGCACUAAACUCCCAAGAAAACCCCAAAACCAACCACGGUCAAUCCCGAACAAUCUUCAACCCCAGCGUUUCCCCACACACCAUGAUGCACCCGAUAUUUCUCCAACAGUUCGAAUCCUUUGCGACCUCCUUACCCGAAUCUCUCCACACGAUAUUGAAUCUGCGCUUUCUUCCACUGGGGUUAUCCCUACUUCCGAUGACAUCCAACAAGUCCUUGGUUUUUCUUACAAUCAGCCGUUGUCUGCCAUCAAGUUCUUCAGGUGGGCCGGGUGCUUCGUCAAGCCCUCUGCUUAUGCGUGGAAUCUUAUAGUCGAUUUGCUUGGGAAGAAUCAAAGCUUUGAACCGAUGUGGGAUGCUAUGCGCUCCAUGAAGCAAGAGGGUCUUCUUUCAACUACAACGUUUGGCUCUGUCUUCAGCAGCUAUUGUAUUGCGCAUAGGUUUAGUGAGGCUACCAUGAGUUUUGAUGUCAUGGAUAGGUACGGUGUAGAACAAGAUGUUGUUGCAGUCAAUUCACUUCUUAGUGCAAUUUGCCACGAGGACAAUCAGAUGUCGGUUGCAAUAGAGUUUUUUGAUAAGAUCAAGAUGAAGAUCCCACCUGAUGGGGAUACUUUUGCCAUUUUGCUCGAAGGGUGGGAGAAAGAAGGCAAUUUGGCUAAGGCCAAGAACACGUUCGGCGAGAUGGUAGUCAGAGUAGGAUGGAGUCCGAAGCACAUUUCUGCUUAUGAUGCCUUUUUGACCACGCUUGUUCGUGGCUCUCAAGUCGAUGAAGCUCUCAAAUUUUUGCAAGUUAUGAAGAAGAAUGACUGCUUACCAGGUUUGAAAUUUUUCUCUAACACUCUCGAUAUUCUCGUCAAGCAAAAUGACUCAGCCCAAAUAAUUCCAUUGUGGGAUACAAUGGUGGGUGGUGGGCUGGUGCCCAAUUUGAUUAUGUACAAUGCAUUGAUCAGUGUGUUAUGCAACAACGAUGACGUGCAUGACGCUUUCCGGUUCCUCGAUGAGAUGACAUUCCACGGAGCUUUCCCCGAUUCUUUGACUUACAACAUGAUUUUCCAUUGCUUGGUGAGGAAUAAGAUGGUUCGCGAGGUGGGGAAGUUCUUUGUCGAGAUGACCAAGAACGAGUGGCCUCCUACAAGUUCUAAUUACGCCGCGGCUAUUAAGAUGUUGUUGGAGAACGAUGACCCCGAAAUGGCAAUUAAUAUGUGGAAUCACAUGGUUGAGAAUCAUGUCUCAACGCUCGAUGAAAGCGCUAAUGAGUUACUCAUCGGGCUUUGCAAUUUAGGUAGGUUAGUAGAAGUGAAAAGAUUUGUCGAAACAAUGCUUGAUAAAAGAAUUAGCAUAUACGAUUCGACAAUGGAGAAAUUAAAGAACCCUUUUUACAAAAAGGGUAGAAGUUUUAGAGAUAAAUAUGAUAGUCUUUCAAGGGAAUGGAAAGCUAUGAAGAUGUCAUGAUAUGAACAUCUUUUCACAUAUUUUAUAUAGAAUUUUCUUUGUUACAUCUUUUCUCUCAUUUUGAUGACAUGUACAGCUGUGGUAAUCGUUAACGAGAUGAACUUUAUCUAGUAAAUGCAGCUCGUGCUAUUUUUUUUUUCUUUUUCA